GGUAUCGGCCCAACCCUAUAUAUCCUUUCGCGACGGUUCCGUCCUCUCCUUCCCACUUCCUUCCCAACCCAACUUGUUCACCAAGUCUUCGUUUCCGUCAACGUAGGGCUUCAAUAACAAUCUCAGCCUCAAUUUGCAGAUAAUAAUAUCACAAAUCAAACCAAAUUGAAACCUCAAUCGUUCGAUUAUGGUGAAGAAAUCGACGGAAGCCGGUGGAUCAUCGAUUGCGCCUUUUCUGUUGAAGUGUUAUGAGAUGGUGGAUGAUCCGUUGACGGAUUAUUUGAUUUCGUGGAGUCGGACUGGUGAUAGUUUUAUUGUAUGGAAUGAGGCUGAGUUUACUUCUGAAUUGCUUCCGAAAUACUUUAAGCACAGUAAUUAUUCGAGUUUUCAGCGGCAACUUAAUAUCUAUGGAUUUAGAAAAACCGAUACAGAUCGAUGGGAGUUCGCGAACGACUGUUUCAUCAAAGACCAAAAGCAUCUAUUAAAGUCAAUCAACAGAAAGAAAGCAAUGAUCGUCACUUCUCAACAAAAAGUCACCCCUCAGAAAUCUCCCGAGCCUGAAGUCAACAACGUAAACCGACACGAAACAACCAGAUACACCAACUUAUGGAAAGAAGUCGAAAGUCUGAAAACUGAUAAAAACAUGUUAAUGCAGGAGCUCGUGAAACAAAGACAACAUCAAGAAACUUCAAAAACCAAAAUGUUGGUUCUUCGUGAACAACUAAAAGGUAUGGAAAAAAACCAACAUCAAAUGCUGUCGUUCAUCGUCAUGGCGAUGCAGAGCCCCGGUUUUAUCGCGCAUGUAUCUCCACCGGUACAAACGAAAAGUAAAACUAGAUUGAAGCCGGUUCUUCCUCAUGAAGGUGCGAUCGUGAAAUAUCAGCCACCGAUUGAACAACCGGCUUUGAUGUCUGAAGAUUCGCUUGAACUGGAUGAUCUUUUUAUGGAUUACGUACCUGGGCCUGCAUAUGAUGAUUCAACGGAGUUUUUUGACCCGUUAGUGUUACAUGAUCUCCCUGAUGGGGAUAAUAUGUUAGAUCAGCUUCUUUCUAGCCCUGUAGAGAAAAGUCAAACUUCAAUAAAUCUUGUUGAAGAUGAAGAACACGGGUUUAGUUUUUUGACCGAAGAGUUUGAGAAAUCGAUGAUUGUGUCACCCAGGAGGGGGACUUCACCGUACACUGAGAUUUGAUUGCUUGUAAAAGCGAACGUGGGAAUGUUGUUUUGCCUUCUCAUACGGUAUUAUUAGUGUUAUCAUCCGAUUAUUAUUAACUUUAGUAUUAUCAUGUCAAGUUUAUAUUGUUAUAAUCGCUUAUCAAGUUUCUAGCUUGUAAUGUUUUGUAUCAAAUCAUGGCCCUGUUAUAUUGGAAAUCUCGAGCUUGCUCGGGUUAUGAAUGUAUAUUAAGAAAGCGGUUAUAAUCCAAA